AUGUAUUGGUUACUAGCCGUGCCCGCUGGGGCAGUUGCUCUAUACGGAUGCGGUGGUAAGGUUAGUGUGACGCCACUUCAGAAGCGAGGCAGCGCCGGGAAGUCUCAGAAGUCUGGAAGGUCGAAGUCUGGGAAGUCUGAAAGAUCCAAGUCUUCAAAGUCAAAGCGCAAGGGGAAGUCAUCUCGAUCAAGUCGCAGCAAGUCUCGUCGUGGCAAGGGUAGCAAGAGCAGCAGAAGCAAGAGCAGGAGCAGGAGCAAGAGCAAGAGAGGAAAGUCGUCGUCGAAGAGCGGCAGGUCUAGGAAGUCUAGAAGAUCUAAAUCUAAAAAGUCGCGCCGCAGUAAGAGUAAGAGAAGCAAAAAGGGAAAGAGGAGCAAGUCUUCCCGAGCAUCUGGUGCAUCUCUUCCAGCUAAACCAUCUGAGCUUCGUGUGGAGCCUUGCGAGCUGAGCUACAAGGCAAUUGGUGGCCUGAAGGGAGUGAACGUCGUCAACGACACCCAGGAGCGCAAGUUCUUCAAGGUGAAAUGUUCGGAUAAUAUGUUGUAUCGUGUGAAUCCUGUGUUUGGAGUGGUUGAACCGGGCAAGUCGUCGAGGAUUGAUAUUCUGCGACAAAACGGUGGUGCUAAGAUUGAUAAGAUUGUUCUCGUCACAACUAAGGCUGAGGAUGGCGAGACGCCAUCACGCGAUGUGUUCAACCAAGGAAGAAAUACUGAAAUGAUGGUGUUGCCAUUGCUCGUGCAGGAAUGA